GCUCCCGAAAAAGAAGCCCAAGCACCGACUUCCAUUUCUUGAAAAAAAAUCAGCAAAAGCUUAAAUUUUUCCCUUUCUUUUCUUGUUAAAGAGCAAAAGUAGGACUUAGAAAUCUUUCCCCCCUACAGAAAAAUUUCAGAUCUGCUCUGUUUCUUCCCCUUUGUUUGUCCGCUGUUCUGCUGGGUGUGAAUCCUUCGGGAUUUUCGUUUUCAUGAUUUCUUCUCCAGUCUCCGUCGGCCUCCAUACCCGCCAGCUCCGGUUUUGGUUGCUGGAAAAAUUCUGGUUCUUGAUCCUUGGGGCACUUUAGUACGUGGAUUGAGUCUUCGAUUUUAUGCGAGUAAGGAAGCGAAGUCAAGGACGGGGAAAAACAAGGAGAGUGACGAGUUAGAAGGCUAGCCAUCUUGUAAAUUGAACAUAGAUUUUAGAUAUAAAUCAUGAUCUUAUAAGCUAGACUUUAUUUGGAGAUUUUAUGAUAUCAGAACAAAUUUUAAAAUGUUAUCUUCAGAUUUUGUGGUAUUAGAUUGUGAGAGUUUGCCUAGAGAAAAAUAAGUGUGGGCCAGGUGUUCCAAAUUUGCUUCUUAGAAUUUACGUCUGCUUGGUAGAUGGUGGGACAAGCUUUCCUGUGGGAAUAAAAUAAUAGUUUUGUGGAAAAAUAUUAUCUUGAGCAAAUACCAUGGGUAGGUCACAACCAGCUUCAAUUUCUUGCACUGCAAAGACAAACCUUUCCUCUGUAUGGAGAGAUAUUUUAUCAAUAGGUCAAGCUUGUAGCGCAAACCAUCUUUGCUUUAACAAGGGAUUCAAAUGGAAAUUCGGUGAUGACUCUAGGAUUAAAUUCUGGCAUGACUGUUGACUUGGGUGCAGCCUCUUGACAAAAGAAUUUCCCAGACUAUAUGAUCUUUCUGUCUAGAAAUAUCUCUGUUGCAGAUAUGUUAAACCAAAUAGAGAUUCAAAUGGUUUUUGGUGGCUUGCAUGGCGAAGACCGUUGUCAAGUAGAGCAAUUGAUGAAUUGCAGCACUUGGAAGAUAUACAUACCAGAAGAGGUUCAGCUUCCCAAUGGCUUCCCUGAUCAAAUAAAAUGGCGGUACAGCACUGUUGGAUACCCUACAAAAAAGGCAUAUUCCUUUCUUGAAGUCUCUAGUCCGUGCUUGGACAGCAAUUCCUGCAAUCUUAUUUGGAUUCGAUGCUGUCCCUCCAAAGUUAGCGUGUUUGCUUGGCGUCUCAUGCUGAACCGCCUUCCAACAAAGGACAAUUUGGCUAUCAGAGGAAUUGAUUUCACAACAAGAUAGCUGCAUAUUUUGCGAUAUGCUUGCAAAGAAGA